GCGCGGCGACAGUCCGGCCGCGGGAAGGACUGACGGAACCGCGCGCCGCCGGAUCCGCGGCCAUGGCCGAGCGCGCCGCUCGCCGCUGCUGCCUGGGCUGGGACUUCAGCACGCAGCAGGUAAAAGUUGUUGCUGUUGAUGCAGAGCUGAGUGUCUUCUAUGAGGACAGUGUGCAGUUUGACAGAGACCUUGUAGAAUUUGGGACUCAGGGUGGAGUUCAUGUUCACAAGGAUGGCCUGACAGUGACCUCUCCGGUCCUGAUGUGGAUCCAGGCUUUGGAUAUCAUCUUGGAGAAGAUGAAGGCUUCGGGCUUUGACUUCUCUCAAGUCCUCGCCUUGUCUGGGGCGGGCCAGCAACAUGGAAGCGUGUACUGGAAGACUGGGGCCAGCCAGGUGCUGACAAGCCUGUCACCGGACCUUCCAUUGCAUGAGCAGCUACAGGCCUGUUUCUCCAUCAGCAACUGCCCGGUGUGGAUGGACUCCAGCACCGCAGCCCAGUGCCGCCAGCUGGAGGCCGCCGUGGGCGGGGCCCAGGCUCUUAGCCGCCUCACCGGCUCCCGUGCUUACGAGCGAUUUACAGGAAACCAGAUUGCAAAGAUUUACCAGCAGAACCCCGAGGCCUACUCACACACAGAGAGAAUCUCCUUGGUCAGUAGUUUCGCUGCUUCUCUCUUCCUUGGGUCUUACUCCCCUGUUGACUACAGUGAUGGUUCUGGAAUGAAUUUGCUGCAGAUUCAGGACAAAGUCUGGUCACAGGCUUGCCUUGGAGCCUGCGCACCUCGCUUAGAGGAGAAGCUUGGCCGACCGGUGCCAUCCUGCUCCAUUGUGGGACCCAUCUCUUCCUACUUUGUCCAGCGCUAUGGGUUUCCUCCAGGAUGCAAAGUGGUGGCCUUCACUGGGGACAACCCAGCAUCGCUGGCAGGCAUGAGGCUGGAGGAAGGUGACAUUGCGGUCAGCCUGGGCACCAGCGACACGCUGUUUCUCUGGCUCCAGGAGCCCACGCCCGCCCUGGAAGGCCACAUCUUCUGCAACCCGGUUGACCCCCAGCACUACAUGGCGCUCCUGUGCUUUAAGAACGGCUCCCUGAUGAGAGAGAAGAUCCGCGAUGAGUCUGCUUCCGGUUCCUGGAGCGAGUUCUCCAAGGCACUGCAGUCCACGGAGAUGGGGAACGGCGGAAACCUGGGUUUUUAUUUUGAUGUCAUGGAAAUCACCCCAGAAAUUAUCGGACGCCAUAGGUUUAGUGCAGAAAACCGUGAGGUCUCGGCAUUCCCCCGGGAUGUAGAGAUUCGAGCGCUGAUCGAGGGACAGUUCAUGGCCAAGAAGAUUCAUGCUGAGGCGCUGGGCUAUCGAGUCAUGCCCAAGACAAAGAUUUUGGCCACUGGAGGAGCAUCCCACAACAGAGACAUCCUACAGGUGCUUGCAGAUGUGUUUGGUGCCCCCGUGUACAUCAUAGACACCGCCAACUCAGCCUGUGUGGGCUCUGCUUACCGAGCUUUCCACGGCCUUGCAGCUGGAACAGACAUGCCCUUCGCAGAGAUUGUGAAGUUAGCCCCAGAUCCCAGAUUAGUUGCAACCCCAACCCCAGGAGCGUCUCAGGUCUAUGAGGCCCUCCUCCAGCGGUAUGCGAUGCUUGAGCAGAGAAUCCUGAGCCAGACCCGGGGGCCUCCAGAGUGAAUUCUGCAGGCCCAGGCCCCCGACCCCACUUGGAGAUGUGGGCUUGGACAGCUGGGAUCCUCUUCCCUAUUCUGGGCAGCUCUGCCUUCCCCGCUUCCCCACCUGAUUCCUUGCGGUGCUCCAGCCCUGCCCAGGACCACCUUAAAGCCCAUCUUAGCACAUCCUCCUGAACCCAGAUGGGCUGCUUGUGUCCCCGUGCCAUUGUGCCCAGGGCAGGAAAGCAUCUCUCUUUUCCUGUCUUUAGCCCAGGAGGCAA